GUUGUUUGCGGCCACCAAAGCAUAACAACCCAAUCACCAUGAAGUGUCACAAGCGGCUUACGUUGGACAUCUGGAUACUGCUGGCGUACGUGCUAGAUAUCACCAGCGGUGGCGUCCAGCAUCAUCAGCCGUUCGAUGGAUAUAAAUCAUUCCUCGAUACCAGCACGGCCCAUCUGCGGGCGUACGUGGCGUCCGGUUCGGUUGCUGCCGCAUCCUCCAGCCAGUACGGUGGCCAGCUGCAUCACGGUCAGCAGCCACAGUCGGGCCAGCUCUCACAAACCAAAUGGGAGGAACCGUACUUCGAUGACACGACGCCGACCAAUGUCACCGGACUGGUAGGCAAAUCCGCUUAUCUGAGCUGUCGGGUAAAGAACCUGGGCAACAAAACGGUCUCGUGGAUAAGGCACCGGGACAUUCAUAUACUCACCGUCGGUAGCUAUACGUACACUUCCGACCAGCGGUUCCAGGCCACACAUCACAAAAACAUUGACGACUGGACGCUGCAGAUCAAGUGGGCCCAGAAAAGGGACGCGGGUAUUUACGAAUGUCAGAUAUCGACCCAGCCGGUGCGCAGCUUUUUCGUGACGCUGAGUGUCGUAGUGCCAACGGCAACAAUAAUUGGUGGACCGGAUCUGCACGUAGACAAGGGCAGCACCAUCAACCUUACCUGUGCGGUCAAGUACAGUCCCGAGCCACCGGCAUACAUCUUCUGGUACCAUCACGACGAGGUGAUCAGCUACGAUUCUAGCCGGGGCGGUGUGUCGGUCAUCACGGAGAAAGGUGACGUCACCACCUCACACCUGCUGAUUCAGAACGCCGAUCUGGACGACUCGGGCAAGUACUCCUGCUCGCCGUCGAAUGCAGACGUUGCCAGCGUACGGGUGCACGUUCUCAACGUUCGCGCGGUCGUUUCAGGUGAACAUCCGGAGGCGAUGCAGACCGGAGGCGCCUCAGUUGUCGUUUCGUCGGACGGUCGUUCGGUGCUGCCACUGAUACUGCUCGCGCUGCUACUGCUCCUCACGCUAGCACCAUCCGCAUCGAUGGCUGUCGUCCCAGCGAUUCCCCGUAGACAGCACGACCGGCGACAGACCUCAAGCCAACGAAAACCCUCGGUGACGUCGGCUUCACGCUGCACCGGUUGCUGUAGCAGCGAACCGGCUCUGCUUCAUCGUCAGGUGGCUUCGAAUGUUCGCCACUACAUUACCGACACUGCCAGCCUCGACAAACGUUCGUCCGUGCGGUGUGAUGCUGUGAGAUGAUAAACCCCUAUCGAUCGAUGGUCCGAGAGCAGUUGUGUCGUACCGAAAUCGGGUUCU